UGAUGAACAGGACAGGACAGGUUCGUACUUCAACCGGUUAUAUAACAGAUGGCCUGAGUUCUUUCACAUAUCUCCAAAGCAACCAAUAUCCUUUGAGUAAGAAAGACCUGUAUGCUGUUGUAACACUCAAUAGUUCCUUUCUUGCCAUUAACUUAAAAUGAGAGAAGAUUCUCAGUUACCUAUCAGAUCAUGCCAAAAUAGAUCUGAUAAGUCUUGAUAUUUUCAGUUAACUUGACAGUUUAUGUAGCAAGCAUUACAAUCUUGACAAGAAUGUACCAAGAAAGAAGGAGAUAAACAAGUGAACAAGCUUGAAGUUUUAUGUGGGUACAUCUCUACUAGUUAAAAACCAUAAUGUAUAGUAGUGCACAGUCAGUUGGCCAUGCUGAGGCUAGUCCAUUGCAAUCCCCCCAUCUCCAUUCUUCUCCUAGAAUGGGCCAUCGUCGGGUAAAUGCUGGCAGAAGGGGCAGUGAGUGUGGAGGUGGCAGAAAGACCCUUUCUAUGGAGAAUAUCCAGUCCCUAAAUGCUGCCUAUACAGCAUCUGGCCCUGUCUAUGUGAGUGAUCAUGAGGCUCUAUCCUCCACUGAUUACCCAAAAGGCACUAUGACAUUGGGCCGCACCACAAGUCGUGGAAAGGCUGCCAUCAUGGGCAGUAGCCCCAACAUCAGCUCAUCCUUGGGGCACCUUCAUUUAGAUUCAGGAUCAUAUGGAGAUCAUGGAACCAUGCACCUCCUCCCACAACACCAGUGGCCUUUUUCACCACUGUUGAGACAAGCUGUGCGAGGUGUGGCCAGAAGAGAAGGAAAUCCCCUAAUAGAGCACCUAAGGGAAUUGCAAAUGGAUAGCAACAUGUUCCAGAGAGAGCUAGAUGUGAGAGACAGUACUCUUGGUUCUUCAGUCAACAGUAUCAAAAACUUCUGGAGUCCUGAAUUAAAGAAGAAACGAGGAAAGAGAAAAGAAAGUGUGGCAAAGACAUCCAAGGAGCAGAUGAGUGUAAUGAAGGAGAAGAACCAGCACCUCCAGAUGACCAUUCAGGCUUUACAGGAGGAGCUCUGUACCCAAAGAGACUUGAAUGAGCGCCUGCAGCAAGAGAACAAUGCAGGCUCAUUAGGUUCACCUCCUGACCGUUUUCCUUACCUGGAGCUCACUGAAGACAACUUCCAUUAUCCCCAGGCUGAGCAUGAGCAGCAAACCAAAGAGCUUUUCCUUCUUAGGAAAACUGUCGAGGAAAUGGAGCAGCGCAUAAAAAAACAGAAGCAGACACUGAGUGCCCGGGACGAAUCCAUCAAAAAGCUGCUGGAAAUGCUUCAGGAAAAGGGUCUCACCAGGUCCGGGCUGCGUGAUGAAGAGGAACUGAGGGUCUGUCAUGCUGAGGACACACUGGGUCAUCUGGGGGAGAUUCUAGAGCAGAAAGAAAAGGAAAGCAAACACCUGAAAGAAGAGCUCCAUAGGAGAAACCAACAGACAGAUCCACCCAAGACCAAAGCCUUACCCAGUGUCAUUGACAUGAAGAGUACAUCGCAUCCUUUCUGUUUUGACCCUGAUGUUAUUUGGCAGGACACCAAAAUUUCCUCACUGGAGCGGAACAUCCGUGAACUGGAAGAUGAGAUCCAGAUGCUGAAGACCAAUGGUCUCCUGAAUAUGGACAACAGAGAUGAGAGGCUCAAGCAAAUUGACGUUUACAAGAACCACUCCAAAUUCAUGAAGAGCAAGGAUAGGUUUAAUUCACCUGUCUCUCUGGCAACUCAUCAAGUGACUACUUGCUCACUCAACCAAACAUACCUGCUCCCUCAGCAACAGAGGAUUUCAGACCGAAUGAAAAUUGAUCAGCUGAAGCAGGACUUGUCAAAAAAAGAGUCAGAGAUGUUGGCCUUGCAGACUCAACUGGAGACUUUGACCAAUCAGAAUUCAGACUGUAAGCAGCACAUUAAAGUCCUGAAGGAGUCCCUUACAGCAAAGGAGCAAAGAGCGAAUAUCAUGCAGACAGAGGUUGAUGCCCUGAGGCUGCGUCUGGAGGAAAAAGAGUCCUUCCUGAAUAAAAAGAGCAAGCAGCUUCAGGAUGUAGCAGAUGAGAAAGGCACUCUGAAUGGGGAAAUAGGUGAUUUGAAGGACAUGCUGGAGGUGAAAGAGCGCAAGAUCAUUGUGCUGCAGAAGAAGAUUGAAAACCUACAGGACCAGUUGAAGGAUAAGGAUAAACAGUUGGGAUGUUUGAGGGACAGAGUGAAGUCUCUACAGACUGACUCCAGCAACACAGACACAGCCCUUGCCACUCUUGAGGAAGCCCUCUCUGAGAAGGAGAGGGUAAUAGAGCAGCUCAAGGAGAAGAGAGAGAAAGAGGAGUGGACGAAGCAGGGGGAAAUGGAAGUCUGUAAGAAGGAGAACAAGGAGCUGAAGGACAAGAUUGCUUCCUUGCAGACACAGCUCUUGGAGAAAGAGAGUCUGCUGCAAGGGAGGUCACUGGCCCUUGAAAGAGAAGAGUCAUCACACAUGAAUCCAGAGAUCUCAGAGCGAUUAAAAGUCCUUGAAAAAGAGGUGACCUUCCAUAAAGAGGAAUCUGGAAAAUCUCGGGCAGAGGUGGACAGACUUUUGGGAGUUCUUAGAGAGUUGGAGGCAAAGCACACUGAAAAGGACAAGGCAAUCUCUGAGCUAGAGAGGCAAGUGAAGGAACGGAGUAAUAAAAGCCUGUCAAGUCCAAACACCCCCCAGAUGGGAGAAACAAGACCCCCUGAUGCAGCACCAGAGGCUCAUAUUACCCGAGAUUCAGCGCAAGAGACGGCUGAGAAAAUCAAAGAGCUGGAGAAAGCUCUACGAGAAAGCAUGAACACCUCUACUCAUAGAGAGGCUUUGUGGGUUCAGGAGGAGCAGGCACAUGCUCUAGCACAGAGACAGCUUGAAGACCUGAUGGCCGCUUUGGAAAAGACAAGACAGGAGCUGGAUGUGACUAAGCAGCAGCUGUCCUCUACACAAAAUUCUCUUGCUGAGAGAGAAAAUCACCUGAGCAGCAUGAGACAGGAGCGUCGAAAACAACUGGAGGAAAUUCUAGAAAUGAAGCAACAAGCCCUGUUGGCAGCCAUCAGUGAAAAGGAUGCUAACAUUGCCCUACUAGAACUUUCUGCUCCCAAAAAGAAGACAAGUCAAGAGGAGGUGAUGACCUUGAAAAGAGAAAAGGACAGGCUCAUGUACCAGCUCAAGCAGCAGACCCAAAGUAGGAUGAAGCUCAUUGCUGAGAAUUAUGAAGAUGGUCACUUUUAUCCCCGUCAUCCUCAUCAUCCACACCACAGUCACCCUGGACACACUCACUAUCGUAGACCAUCAAGAGGACUGUCCACUCACAGCAAUCCUCAACCUCAGCAACAUGAGCAACCUGAGCAGGAUGAUGAAGAGGGCAUCUGGGCAUGAUGUUUGGUCUGGCCUGGCCUGUUCCUCCUGUUCUGUUCAAAAGGGAAGUCUAAAACUAUAUCUAUCACUGCACUGUCUCAUCCUUAUCUCUGUGAGGAGGGUCUCACCUUUAACCCAGGCGGAAGGGGAGGGGAAGCGGAGAAGGAAAAUACAGAGGAGAGGAGUGAAUGAUCAGAUUUCCAGCUCUCUAUUUAGAAGGAAGUGGGCAGAAAUCUAAUCGCUGACAGCUGCUGCUCUUCUCAUCAGCUGCUCCUCUUCUGCUUCAUCUUUGAAGCUCCUCAUCACGAUUUGUACCAUAAUUGGGCCCUGUCAGCACCAUCAUCGCAAUUUGCUCCAUAUUCACUUCAUAUACAUGAUGACAUGACCGCAAAACUUCGGUUCAUCCAUAUGAAUCUUCAUCCAUAACACUCCCAC